AUGGUCCGAUAUGAUUAUCCGAGUGACAAAUGCAGUAUCUUUGGCAUUAAAAAAGCGAUCACAAAAUCAGUCCAGUACUUGCCAAAACUCCUCAUCAGCAAUCAACUAAUACCAAAAAUCACCAUUGGAGAAUCAUUUCAAUAUUUAGGACGUUACUUUGAUUUCCACAUGUCGAAUGAUAAUCAUAAAACUGAACUAACAACCCUACUUAAUGAACUAAUGAUAUUGACUCAAAGCCACUACACCCCCAAAAAUAAACUGCUCCUCUACAGUCGCUACGUCUUGUCCAAGUUAGCCUGGCACUUUACCGUCGCAACACUCCCUAAAACAUGGGUUACUGAAAAUAUCGAUUCUAUUGCCAACAAAUAUAUCCGCAGAUGGCUUGAAGUACCAAUAUCAGGAACACUAGGUACUGUCUUUCUAACAAAUAACAAAUUUGGCCUGAGUAUUUAUCCUCCAUCUGUAAAAUUUAUCCAGUGUCAAACAAUCCUCCGAAAAGCUUUAAAAUCUUCUCCUAAUGAAUCAACUAACGACCUGUGGAAAGCAACCAGUAACCAUACUAAUAUCCAAUAUGACGCUUAUAACUCUACUACGGAAGUUCCCAAAGAUUUUCGUUCUGGACACGAAAACAAACUCCUGAACCAAUUAACCAGUCAAGGAUCCUUUUUCUCCAGCGUCACAAAGUUCGCUUUACCCCAGUUUAACAAGGUGUGGUCCAUCGCCCAAUCAAAGCUCCCGAAAAACAUUUACAACUUUACCAUUCGUUACAUUAACAACUCUCUUCCGACGCGCAAAAACCUAAACAGAUGGGCAAUAUCUUCAAAUACAGACUGUUCUUUUUGUCUUAGCCCUGAAACAUUACUACACAUAGUAGCUGGAUGUCAGUUUUAUCUCGACCGAUUUACGUGGAGACACAAUUCAGUCCUGAACUUUCUUGCUCAUCAGUUACAAACUGUUGACGGUUCUACUCUCUACGCUGAUCUAAAUGGAUUCAAAAGCCCUUCAAUACUUACUGGUGAUACGUAUCGCCCAGAUUUGUUAUUAUCGUGCUCAAAUGGUUCCUUAUAUGUGGUCGAACUCACCACUGGUUAUGAGACAAACCUCAAGAACAACGUAAAACGGAAGAAGGAUAAAUAUAGAGAAUUAUUGAGACAGCUAGGUAAAAAUUUUAACCAAGUUAAAUUUAUAAAUCUCUCUAUCAGCUCUUUAGGUAUUUUUGCAGAAGAAUGUUCUACAUUUUUAGACAUGUUAGAAAGUAUUGGUUUUGACAAAAACCACCAAAUGUACUGCGUUGGGAAAAUGAUGACUAUUGCUAUUAGAACUACAUAUUACAUUUUUUGCUGCCGAAAUAAGGAAUGGGAAAAUCCGGAUUUACUAACAAUUUGA